AUGUUGAAGCUUUGCAUAAAAAACUUAAUGAAAUCUGUUAAUGCGUUUCUGCUUUUCUCGAUCAUAACUUUUGCUAUUUUUCAAUUAGUCCAAGCUCAAGAUCAAUCAGGUUUCGUAAGCUUAGAUUGCGGAUUAGUCCCUAAGAACACAAGCUAUACAGAGAAGACAACAAAUAUAACAUACAUACCAGAUACUGAUUAUAUCGACAGUGGAUUAAUCGGGAAGAUCAACGAUUCAUACAAAACACAGUUACAACAACAGACUUGGACCUUAAGAAGCUUCCCUGAAAGUCAAAGAAAUUGUUACAACUUCAAUCUCAAAUCAAACAGCAAAUAUUUGAUUAGAGGAACAUUUGUGUAUGGGAAUUAUGACGGUUUGAAUAAAAUCCCUAAGUUUGAUCUUCACGUUGGUCCUAAUAAAUGGACAUCUGUUAAAUUGGAAGGAGUAGCAAAUGCUACGAUCUAUGAGAUAAUCCAUGUUUUAACACAAGAUCGUCUUCAAGUUUGUCUUGUCAAAACAGGCAAAACGACACCGUUUAUAUCGUCGCUGGAACUUCGUCCGUUGAACAAUAAUACUUACGUCACCCAAAGUGGAUCUUUGAAGUCGUUCGCUAGAGUUUACUUUCCACACACUCCAUCGUUUCUCAGAUAUGAUAAGGACAUUCAUGAUAGAUCAUGGUUUCCAUACGUAGACAACCAAACAAAGUCGAUAAGCACAGACCUUUCGGUCAAUACAAGUAACACCUAUGAUGUACCACAACCUGUGGCAAUGACUGCCUCUGUACCUGCAAAUGCUAGUCAGCCUCUGACCUUAAAUUGGAGUCUUGGUGACAUCACUGCAGAGGCAUAUAUAUACAUGCAUUUCGCUGAAAUCCAAGAGCUCAAGGAUGAUGAGAUCAGAGAAUUCAACAUCACUUACAAUGAUGGAAAAAUUUGGUAUCCUUACUUUAGGCCUAAGAAACUUAGGAUAACAACUGUAUAUAAUCCAAGAGCAAUAAGUUCUCCGGAUGGGAAUUUCAAUUUCACUUUUGUAAUGACCGGUAACUCUACUCUCCCUCCUCUAAUCAACGGCUUCGAGUUAUAUAAAGUCUUAAACAUUCGACAGCUUGACACAGACCAAAAUGAAGUUUCUGCUAUGUUUAACAUCAAGACAAUUUAUGAAUUGAAGAAAAAAUUGAGCUGGCAAGGAGAUCCAUGUGCUCCUCAGGUUUAUCGGUGGGAAGGUUUAAACUGCAGUUAUUCAGACUCCGAGGCACCGCGGAUCAUAUCCUUGAACUUGACAGAGAACAAGUUGACAGGUACCAUAACUCCAGAAAUAUCCAAGCUAACACAGCUGACAAAGUUAGAUUUAUCGAAGAAUGAUUUAUCAGGAGAGAUUCCAUCGUUUUUUGCUGAUAUGAAGUUGUUGAAACUCAUAAACUUAAGUGGAAAUCCAAAUCUCAAUAGCGCAAUUCCAGACUCUCUUCAACAGAGGUUAAAGAACAAAUCUUUAACACUAAUUUUGGAUGGCCAGAAUCCUACUCUCGAAAAAGAGAAAACGAAGGUUCCAAUGGUUGCUAUCGGAGCGUCAGUGGCUGGCGUGUUCGCUCUUCUAGUUAUCUUGGCCAUCUUUUUAGUUCUUAGAAAGAAAAAACAGAAAAGUAGUGCGGCUCCAGGAGCCCCAUCAGUCACUCAUGGUAUAGUUAAAAGUGAGAACAGAUCUUCCAAUCCAUCAAUCAUUUCAAAGGACCGCAGGAUCACGUACCCCGAGGUACUGAAGAUGACUAAUAACUUCGAGAGAGUUCUUGGCAAAGGAGGCUUUGGAACAGUGUAUCAUGGUAACUUGGAUGAUGCUCAAGUAGCUGUGAAAAUGCUCUCUCAUUCAUCAGCUCAAGGCUAUAAAGAAUUCAAAGCAGAGGUUGAGCUUCUUUUAAGAGUCCACCAUAGGCAUUUGGUUGGACUUGUGGGUUAUUGUGAUGAUGGAGAUAACUUGGCUUUGAUUUAUGAAUACAUGGCAAAUGGAGACUUGAAAGAGAACAUGUCAGGCAAACGCGGAGGCAAUGUCUUAACAUGGGAAAACAGAAUGCAAAUAGCUGUAGAGGCAGCACAAGGAUUGGAGUAUCUACACAAUGGAUGUAGGCCUCCUAUGGUUCAUAGAGAUGUGAAAACUACCAACAUCUUAUUGAAUGAGCGGUCUCAAGCGAAACUAGCCGACUUUGGUCUCUCUAGAUCUUUCCCUAUCGAUGGCGAAUGCCAUGUCUCAACAGUGGUUGCGGGCACACCUGGUUACUUAGACCCUGAGUACUACAGAACAAACUGGCUAAGCGAGAAGAGUGACGUGUACAGCUUUGGUGUAGUGCUAUUAGAGAUAGUCACAAACCAGCCUGUGAUAGAUAAAACCCGAGAGAGAACUCACAUUAAUGAAUGGGUUGGAUUCAUGCUUACCAAAGGAGACAUCAAGAACAUCGUUGACCCGAAACUGAUGGGGGAUUAUGACACAAACAGUGCAUGGAAGAUCGUAGAGCUGGCUCUGGCUUGUGUGAACCCGUCUUCAAACAGAAGACCAACGAUGGCACACGUUGUGAUUGAUCUAAACGAGUGUGCAGCCUUGGAUAAUGCAAGGAGACAAGGUAGUGAAGAAAUGUACUCAAGAGGUUCUAUUGACUUGAGUCACAAUUCUGCUUCUGAGUUUGCCCCUGGAGCCAGAUAA